CCCUCACUUCCAUGCCGUCUCGCCGCAGAGGCGCCCUCCAGCUUUCUUGCCUCCCCCCACUCUUCUAGCGCAGGCAGAGGAGCCAAGGAGAGGUCGAGAUGCCGGCGGCGCCGCCUCCAUUGCCGCUCCUAUCCAUGUUCUUGCUGCUGCUGCUGCUGCUGUCUUGGUCCUCAUCGGCGAAUGGGAGGACCGCGGUUUCUUCUCCGGCGCCGUCGUCGGUGGCCGCCACGAGCGUGCCCGCUGCCGCCAGCAAUGUGACCGCCGCCGCCUCUUCCUCUCCGGCACCUCCUCCCUUCGUGAUCACAGUGGUCAGGCACCACCAUUACCACCGCGAGCUGGUCGUCGCCACCGUCCUCGCCUCCGUCGCCACCGUCAUGAUCUUCCUCUCCACGCUCUACGCCUGGACCAUGUGGCGGCGGUCUCGCCGGAUCCCCCACGGCAAGGGCGCCCGAAGAUCAGACACCACAAGAGGGAUCACACUUGUGCCAAUCCUGAGCAAGUUCAGCACGGUGAAAAUGAGCAAGAAGGGACUCGUGGCGAUGAUCGAGUACCCGUCGCUGGAGGCGGCGACGGGCAAAUUCAACGAGGGCAAUGUGCUCGGCGUCGGCGGGUUCGGCUGCGUCUACAAGGCGGCGUUCGACGGCGGCGCCACCGCGGCGGUGAAGAGGCUCGAGGGUGGCGGGCCGGACUGCGAGAAGGAGUUCGAGAAUGAGCUGGAUUUGCUUGGCAGGAUUCGGCACCCCAACAUUGUGUCACUCCUGGGCUUCUGCGUCCAUGGUGGCAAUCACUACAUUGUUUACGAGCUCAUGGAAAAGGGAUCAUUGGAGACACAGCUGCAUGGGCCUUCACAUGGAUCAGCUAUGAGCUGGCACACUAGGAUGAAGAUUGCGCUCGACACAGCGAGGGGACUAGAGUAUCUUCAUGAGCACUGCAAUCCUCCAGUGAUCCAUAGGGAUCUCAAAUCAUCCAAUAUACUUUUAGAUUCAGACUUCAAUGCUAAGAUAGCAGAUUUUGGACUUGCAGUUACCGGUGGCAAUCUCGACAAAGGGAACCUGAAGAUUUCUGGGACCUUGGGAUAUGUAGCUCCUGAAUAUUUAUUAGAUGGGAAGUUGACUGAGAAGAGUGAUGUAUACGCAUUUGGGGUAGUGCUUUUAGAGCUCCUGAUGGGAAGGAAGCCUGUUGAGAAGAUGUCACCGUCUCAGUGCCAAUCAAUUGUAUCAUGGGCCAUGCCUCAGCUAACCGACAGAUCGAAGCUCCCCAACAUAAUUGACCCAGUGAUCAAGGACACAAUGGACCCAAAACACUUGUACCAAGUUGCGGCAGUAGCUGUUCUAUGUGUGCAGCCCGAACCGAGUUACAGACCGCUGAUAACAGAUGUUCUCCACUCUCUUGUUCCUCUAGUGCCCUCGGAGCUCGGGGGAACACUUAGGGUUACAGAGCCACCUUCUCCAAGCCAAAUGCAUUGUCCUUCUUGAGAUGUCAUCCUACAAGUUUCAUCGAAGCAGGGUGAAUUAUACUGUCCAAUGUAGAUUAGUGUUUAUUGUGUAACUUAUCUUGCCUGUACCUGCUGCUUGUCUGAGGAUGGGAUUUCCAACCUACUGAUUUUGCUGGGUGAAAAGAGAGAAUUCUGCUUUGGAGAGAAUUGUCUCAUAUAUCUUUUCAUUGUACAAAGAAGUGAAGAAAGGAAUUUUCUUUUCUUUGGAUCUGGCACCAUGCUGUACAGAUCUGAAUUUUCCAGACACUGUUAUCUCAAUAGCAUUUGAGAAAGCUGUCAUGUAGCUCUACAGAGAUGUC